AUGGCUUGUUUAUUUAGUGCUCGCUUGGGCUGCUGUGGGUGGCGACAAGGUUUGAGGCUGUGCAUUGUCAGCCCAGGAGAACAGCGACGGACUUGUGGCAGCGUUACCGACCGUGUGGUUCACCAUGCAAAAACUCUGCUAUGUGCAGGGGCGAAUUCUGGAUUGCAUGGACCUGCCAUUCAGAAGAUCAUACCCUUUCAUUCCGCUGACGCCCAGUUUGUGAGCGCCAUUCUAAGCGAACAUGAAGUCGUGGCCAACCUGGUGGCCGGCGUCAACGAGGCGUCGAUAACAAGUCCAGAAGCGAAGUGCAGGGCACAAUCGUAUCUGAACGCAAUGGAGAGCCAGGACUCAGGCAUCGCCAGGUGCCCUUGGAUAUUUCGUCAGGCUGUGGCCAACUUCGUGACACAUCGUGACGACAUGGAAACGUCACCUGAUUCAAUUGUUCUGACUUCUGGUUCUUGGCCAAGUGCAAGGGCCUUGUUGCAAGUGCUGUUACCUUCUCAGGAUGAUAUCGUACUGCUACCAAGUCCUGGCCCCCCAGCCUUUCGGGAAACAUCGGCUUCCAUGGGCCAGCUCGGAGUGUCUUAUUCGGUUGAUGACAACGACUGGGACAGGACCUUGUCCGAACUUGGCCAGACGUUGCACGAAUUGCGCCAGAAGCAAAGGCAUCCUCGAGCUUUGGUUGUGGCGAACCCGAGUCUUGCUGGCCGACGUAUCCCCAAAACUGCAAUCGAUGCAUUGCUGGAGCUGGCACACGGGCAAGGCCUUGCCAUAAUUGCUCAAGAGGACAAUCUCGCGACAACGGGGCGAACGAAUGUAGUCUCACUUCGGAAGGCAGCAAACGAGAUGGGCCUUGCAGUUCCCAUGUUCUCAUGUUUCUCUGCGUGUGCUUACACAGGACAAGAUGCAGGUUACAUAGUUUGCGAUCUUGUUCCACACGACAUGAGUUCCUAUUUGCAUGUUGUCGCGGACUGUCCAACUAUCAAAUCUCAAGCCUGGCUGGCAAGCUUGCUUUCGCCCUGGACAAGUCACAAAGGUUGCUUGGACAAGCUUGUCCAGGCUGCAGACAGCAACGCUCAGCUCUUGUCAAAACUUGCCGCGGUCGAUGGCAUUCGCUGGCCGCUUGUAGAAUCGGGCGCAUAUGCUUUACCCAGAAUCACAAUUAAAGGUUUCGUGAUGAAGAAAGCCAUCUCGUUAGCAACGCCGGCCGAUCAAAUUUAUUGCAUGGAGAUGGUAAGCAGGACUGGCGUCAUCACAAGCCCUGGGAGUGGCUUCGGUCAACGUCCGGGUUUCUUUCAUUUCCGUAUGUCCUUGAUGCACAAGGAAGAGAUGACACUGGAUGAAUUGAAUUGCUCGGAGUUCCUUGAAGCGCUCCGGACUAUUUUGACACCCGCCAUGGCUUCCAAGUCGGUGGGCAGUUAUGCACGAGCAGAAAUCAAUCUGACGCAGGUUUUGCACCAUUGUCUCAAGUUGGCAGACACCAAUCGGGAUGGAACUCUGAGUUUUCAGGAGUUUGAACGCUUCUUGAAGAAUUUGCGCAAGCCGAAGCAUCCAACGGAACUGGCCUUGCUCUACAUGAACAUGUUCGACGCAGAUCCGGAUGCUUACAUCGCCGAGAACGAGUUCCGGGACAUGUGGCGCUAUUUUAUGGGCCGCAAUCCAAGAUCGGACGAGUUUCAAUUUCAUUGGUCCCGGAUGGAUACAGCCCGAGCUGGCAGGAUAUCGCAGCGAUCCCUGGCAAAAUGGUUGGCAAAAACAGCGCCCAAGGCCUUCACUACCUUGGCGCCUCCCGUGAUAGAGCCCGAAGGGUCGGAAACGGAAGAUCCCAGUGCAGGCAGUUUGCAAGCUACCCGUACCAAGUCCAAAAUCUUCAGGCCAGCUCCCGGACUUUGGCACCAGCCGUCCACACCCUGGUCAGAGACCCAGAACGAGCUCCGAGAAGUUUUGGAACUGCCUGGCUUGGCCUUCGGUGCUGCGAGGCAGAGUGCCCAUGAAUGGAACUCGGUGCCCCAGGCCCUGAUGACGGUGCACCGGACUUCCAACGAAGUUCUGAACGACGACUACCAGCAGGGCUACCUCUUCAAGGCGAAGCAGAAGACGAGCUGGCAUGGCUCUGUUGUUACGACAGCCGUGGACAUCCUUCCUGGGCAGGACAAGGCCCCGAUGACGCCGGCAAAAAUCACGUGGAGGCUUCCCUCUCCCUUGGGCUGUCCGUUCGUGGUUAUCGACAAACUGGAGGUGGACAAGAAGGGUGGCGUGAAGUUGGAAGGCUCUACGGAGAAGGCCCUGAAGGGACUGCGAAUUGAACUGAAGCCGGAGCUCAGUGACGUGAUGAAGACGAAGACAGGUCUUAUUUACAGCGGCCUCAAGGACGCGCGGUUGGCGCUGGACCUGAAGGGCAUCGGUGUUCAAGAUGCCGUCGCGGAAGCCACAUUCCAGAGCGGCCCAGCAACUCUCGGGGCCAAGAUUGCCGCACCCUGGUGCCCGGACUUCGGCUUGCGCGUUCUCCACGGCCCCUUCUUCGCAUCAUUGCUUGCGAAGGAGAAGUUCUCUUGCUACACGGCAUCCUGUCACUACAAGGCAGCAGACAAUCUCCGGCUGGCUGCGAACUACACGUAUGGCGGAAAGAAAACGUCGAAGCCUUGGCCUAGCAGCCAGGAUGGCAAUUACACUAUUGGCUUGAUGUAUGCCUGCAACAAGAACACGACCAUGAAGGCGGUGAAGCAAGUCUUCGCAAAAGGAUUCUCUGCCCUUGGGGGUGUGAAGUAUGAUUCGAAGACAGGACGUCCGAACAACGCUGAACUGCCAGAGCUGUGUGCCCAGAUCCGUACCCAGAUGCAAUGCGCAGAAAAUGCGUACAGAUUGGAACAGAACUCCUUCCUUGGUGCCAAGUUCGAAGGGCUUCGACCUCCCGAAUCUAGCUCCACUGCUUUGAAAGCUGCCGUUGGCACGUCCUUGGUGGCUUAUCUCGGAUACAAAGGCUACCGACUGCUUUCAUCUCGCUGGGAUCGCGUCGAAGAUGUUGAACUGCCUGCGGUACCGGAGCCAAGUGGUCAUUUCGUCCAUCCCUAUGAGAUCUGGCCCUGGUAUCAGAAAGCCUGGUUUGCCUUCAAGCGCUCUGUCUUCUUAGCCUGGGUGUUUGCUCCGUUCAUGUGUGCCUCAACGCUGUUGGUGGUUUUCGGAAAGGAAAGCAGGACGUGGCGGGAAUACUGGCUGCACCAGAUGCUGGAGUGUACACAAAAAGCUGGUGCCGCUUUUCAGAAGUUUGGCCAGUGGCUUUCCAUGCGGCCGGACAUGUUCCCGCCGGAUGUGAUUCUGGUUCUAAGCAAGCUGAGGGCAGACGCGCCGGCACACUCUGGCGUCGUUUCUCGAAGGAUGUUGAAGGACCAGCUGGGCAAGGAUGUCGACGAGCUUUUCGAUGAGUUUCAGGAAGAGCCUGUGGCUAGUGGUUCCGUGGGCCAAGUGCACAGGGCCCGCCUGAGAGCCGAGCAUGCGCUGGACGGACCAGGUGGGCAGCUGCGCGACGUUGCAGUGAAGAUACAGCACCCCGGGGUCAUUGACAGCGCGUUUAUGGACUUGAACAUCGUCUGGAAGAUUGUGGAAUUUUCAGAGAAGUUCCUGCACAUGACAAUGCCGUUUGAUAGGAGCGACUUUGAUGAAGUGAUCCAAGCACAGAUGGACUUCACCAGGGAAGCUUUCAAUCUUCAACGCUUCGCACGGAACUUCAAGGGCGAGCACCGAAUCAGGUUUCCAAAAGUGUCUUCGCGCUUCGUAACCCCCGAAGUACUCGUGGAGACUUGGGAGAAUGGCGAAAUCAUUUCGAACAUCAUGGAGGAUUUCGACAAUGCAAAGGCUGCGUGUCAAGAUGCCAUGACCGCUCUGGAGACCAAGAAGCGCGAAGUUCAAGGUGACCUUUCAAAGAUCUUGUAUGACAUGAGCAUGAAGAUGAUGAUUCGAGACAAUUUUGUUCACGGCGACCUGCAUGGCGGAAACAUUUUGUAUUCAACGAACGAUGACCACGUUACGGUCCUUGAUGCUGGAAUUGCAACAUCGCUGGACAAGCGAACGGUGGCACCUUUUGGACGCUUCUUGCAUGCGUUGUGUUCCGGACAGACCGAGAAGGUGGUUGAAUACCUGCAGAGAUUCAACGAGUCGAACAUGGUAGUCAACACCAAGCAGUUACAUGCGGACAUCCAGGAAACGAUGGACAAGUACAUGGGACCUUUCCGAAUAGACAAGGAAGGACCUUUGAAUGCGGCAGACAUGUUUGGAGAAGUCAUGUUUACGUUACAGAGACACGGAAUGUUGCUCAAGGGUGACGUGGCUUCUACACUGUUUACCAUAUCGAUCAGUGAAGGCCAGAAGACCUUCUUUUCCAGACCCGAAUCAUUGCCGGAGUUGCGGAGCUGCGUGCCCGCUGCGCCCACCGCCGGCAUGGCGGCCCCUGCACGAUGGAGUCUGCUGCUCCUUUUGCUUAGUGUCUUGGCCAACAAGGUAGCAGGGCAGGUGGCAGACGAGGCAGACGUAGACGAGGACGAGGAGGAUGACGAAGAUUUCCCAGAGUCUGUGAAAACUCUCACCGACAGCACUUUCCAGGACUUCAUCAAAAGCAACGAGAGGGUUUUGGUGGAGUUUUAUGCGCCUUGGUGUGGCCAUUGUCAGCAGCUGGAGCCGCAGUACAAUCAGGCUGCUGAUGCCCUGCGAAUGGAAGGGGCCAAGACCAUGCUGGCCAAGGUUGAUGCGACUGCAGAGACGGGCCUGGCAGAACAGUACCAGGUACAAUCAUAUCCGACAUUGAAAUACUUCGUAGGAGGAGGUGAGCCUGUUGAGUACGACGGCCCGCGAGAAGCGGUUGGCAUCGCAGAAUGGCUUAGAAAACGAGAAAAGCCAGCCGUGGAGGAGAUGAAGGAGUCCGAGGUGAAUGCUUGGAUUCAGAAAACCUUAGAUGAGAAUGCCUUCGCUCUGGUGGCGCAUGUGAAGAAGAAAUCUGCACGUGCCAAGGCAUACACCAAGUCCGCCGAGAGCCUGAUAGAUUACAAGGGCUCGAAACUGAGGUUUGCCGUCGUUUGGCUGCCGAAAGCGGCCGAUCCAAAGAAGGAUGCUCACCUUUCCAUGUCACGCCCUCUGAAGGAUCCAGAAGCCAAGAAGCUUGACUUCGCCGGCUCAUGGACAGACACCGGACUGGCGAAGUGGAUCAAGCAGAGCACGUACGCUUUGGUUGACGAUUCCUUUGCCGCAAACAAAUAUUCAACGGAGGCGAUGCAGGAGAUCGGAGCGAAAGGUGCAGUGGUUGGGAUCUUCGACACAGAGGAUGCCGGCAAAGACAUGAGAAGCCUUUUGCAGAAGGUGGCUGCAGCAGAAGCGUCAUGGCGUUUUGCGACCAGUCCACAAUCGAAGUUGGACGAAAGCGACCUGGCCGUGCUCGGGGCCAAAAAGGAUGCCCCUAUGCAGAUCUCAGUACUCUACCAGGAAAAGAAGUACGUGCUGAAGGCUGACGUGACGGAGCAGGCCAUUAAGAGUUUUCUUGCGGACGUUCUUGCCAAAAAAGCCAAGCCGUAUUACAAGAGCGCGCCACCGCCGAGUCAGGCAGCUGAAGGAGGCGUCACCGUGUUGACAGGUGAUACCUUCGACGAAGUUGUGCUAAAUGCCAAGCACGAUGUCUUUGUCGAGUUCUAUGCGCCUUGGUGUGGCCACUGCAAGAAGUUGGAACCAGUUUGGACACAACUGGCGCAGAAGGUAGAAAGUCUCGGCCACGGGAAGCACGUCGUUGUGGCAAAGAUGGAUGCCACGGAAAACGAGUGCGAAGAACAAGUUACAGGUUACCCUACUCUUGUUUUCUAUCCAGCCGUGAAAAAAGAGAAAAAGUUUCGCCAAAAGCUCAUUUAUCAAGGUGCAAGAGACUUUGAUCCUCUCCUGGACUUCCUGGUGGAGAAUGCUGUGAACCUGGAGGGCGUGGAGCUGACGGAGGGCGUGGGCAAGCAAGCCUCACUUGUGGAAAGGGAGCGUGCCAGAAAGAAGAAGAAGGCGACCCAUCGCGGCUUUCAAGCUCACAAGCGUCGAUUGAAGAUGCCAGAGGAACCGCCACGGCGGCCGGUGCUGUCUCAGGAAAGCCAUCAGUUUAUGUCGCAGCCCGGGUGGGAGCGACACGCGAAGAGCGUGUUGAACGUGAACGGUGAGGUGGCGGCAUGGACGGAGAACACGCCCAGGGCACUGCAAAAGCAGGUGCGGGAGCCUGGCACGAUGCUCCUGCGGGUACCGCUGCCUCCAGCUCCGCAUCUGAUCCAUGGCAGAUUUCCCCGUGUGGAGCAGUAA